AUGCAUCAACAGGGAACUCGUGUGAGUUUCUUAGAGGAGAAGCCUCACACUAAGGGUGUUAUCAACAACAUAAUGUUCAUGCCAUGGGACGAUGUGUGUUUUGUUACUGGUGGCAAUGAUCAUGCUGUAAUACUUUGGACAGAGAGAGACGGGGAGACCUGUUGGAAACCUAAAAUGCUGCAUAGUAAUAUGCAUUCCUCAGCUGUAAUGGGAGUCGCUGGGAUGCAGCAGAAGCAGAUUGUGAUAUCUGCUGGUACGGACAAGAGGAUAAUUGGAUAUGAUUUACUUGCUGGAAGAGUGGAUUACAUGCAUCACGUGGAAAGCAAAUGCAUGAGUAUUCUACCUAAUCCACAUGACUUCAAUCUCUUUAUGGUUCAGACCGGUACUCCAGAGAGGCAACUUCGAUUGUUUGAUAUGAGGUUGAAACAUGCAGAAGUCCAUGCAUUUGGUUGGAAGCAAGAAAGUAGUGAGUCACAGUCUGCUCUGAUAAAGCAGGCUUGGUCUCCUGAUGGUUUAUAUAUAACAUCUGGCUCAGCGGAUCCUGUGUUCCACUUAUUUGAUGUGAGGUACAAUGCUCACGAGCCUUCACAAUCAAUAAGAGCUCAUAACAAUCGAGUCUUUAAAGCUGCGUGGCACUAUGCUCGUCCCCUUAUCAUCUCCAUAUCCUCCGACUUGAACAUUGGAUUGCACAAUAUCACAUAAAGUUCUAUCGAAGCAGUAAUCAUGCCCUGCGUUUUUGCUCCUCAUUUUGUCCCAAUGUUCAGGGAACUUUGUAUCUUGCCUUGCUGCUUAAGAGGCUUUUUUGGAUUGAACACAAGAUAUAUUAUUCACUAAAAUCUGG